AUGAAGAUAGCUUCUUACAACUUCCUAUGUGUUACAGUAUAUGUCCUAACUCUGCAGCUCAUCAAUGGCUCAUCAUUAGCAGCAACACCACCAACACGUCCAAAUGGCAACUCUUCAACUUCUUGUAUUAGAACCUGUGGGGGAAUCUCGAUUCUGUUCCCUUUCGGAAUAGGGGAGAAAGACUGCUAUCUAAACAACUGGUACGAGGUUGUCUGUAACACCACUGUUCCGUUCCUCUCACGGAUCAACAUUGAAGUGGUGAACAUCUCUCUUCCAGAUAUUAACACACCAUACGGAGUGGUUCACAUCAAAGGCCCUGUGACUUCGUUGGGUUGCUCUAGUCAAGGACUAGAAAAGUCACCGCGAGUUUUGAAUGUCACAGGUAGAGGCAGUCCAUAUUUUCUCACUGACGAAAACCGUCUCGUGGCGGUUGGUUGCGGUAGCAAGGCGUCUCUAACAGAUAUCGACUCAGAGAUCAUAGGUUGUGAAUCGAGCUGCCAAGACAGUAAACGUGGUCAACAAGUAACAAAUUCGAUCUGUGAUGGUUACAGAUGCUGCCAGGUGAGGAUACCAUUACAACGUCCUCAGAUGAUAGGUAUCAAUAUAGAGGAAAACUCUAAUGUCACAAGAGGACAAGGGUGCAGAGUAGCCUUCUUGACUAACAAGAGGUAUUCGCCGAUGAAUGUAACAGAGCCAGAGCAGUUUCAUUCCAAGGGGUAUGCGUUAGUAGAGUUAGGAUGGUACUUUGAUACAUCGGAUUCUCGCUUUAGAAGCCCCUUAGGUUGUAGAAAUGUGACACGUUACAGAUCUUUCGACUCUGAUGAUAAAUGCAAUUGCGAGUACUAUUACUUCUCUGGGAUGAGUUAUAGGAACUGUUAUUGCAACUUUGGCUACACAGGGAACCCAUACGUUAAACAUGGCUGCAUAGACAUAGAUGAAUGCAAAGGACACAACAUUUGUGGAGAGAGGACUUGUGUGAACUGGCCUGGAUCAUAUAGCUGUCAGUCCCCAAUACCGGUGAAGCCGCAAAAGGCCUCUAAGCUUCAAGGUGUUCUAAUAGGUAUAGGAGUGUUGUUGUUCGUCAUUGGAAUCUUGGGGUUAUACAAACUAGUGAAAAAGCGAAGGAAGAUCAUCAGGAACAAGAAGUUCUUUAAACGUAAUGGAGGUUUGUUGUUGAAACAACAAUUAACCACCACGAAAGACGGCAACGUAGAGAUGUCAAGGAUCUUUAGCUCAAAGGAAUUGAAGAAAGCCACUGAUAAUUUCAACAUGAACAGAGUCCUUGGCCAAGGCGGUCAAGGAACUGUGUACAAAGGAAUGCUGGUAGAUGGACAAAUCGUUGCGGUUAAAAGAUCAAAACUUGUGGACGAAGACAAGAUGCAAGAGUUCAUCAAUGAAGUCGCACUUCUCUCACAGAUUAACCACAGAAACAUUGUGAAACUCUUGGGGUGUUGCUUGGAGACAGAAGUUCCGAUCCUGGUUUACGAAUAUAUUCCCAAUGGAGAUCUGUUCAAGCGUCUUCAUGAUGUGUCUGAUGAUUUCAACAUGACUUGGGAAGUGCGUCUACGCAUAGCUAUAGAAACCGUAGGAGCACUUUCAUACAUGCACUCAGCUUCAUCGUUUCCAAUAUAUCAUAGAGAUAUCAAGACUACCAACAUACUAUUGGACGAGAAAUACAGAGCCAAGGUGUCUGAUUUUGGAACAUCAAGAUCGGUAACAGUAGAUCAAACUCACUUGACAACAUUAGUUGCGGGAACUUUUGGGUAUAUGGAUCCCGAGUACUUUUUGUCAAGCCAAUACACUGACAAGAGCGAUGUUUAUAGUUUCGGGGUUGUCUUGGUGGAGCUCAUAACCGGAGAGAAACCAUUAUCUCGUGUCCGGUCUGAAGAAGGAAAGGGCUUAGCAACUCAUUUCCUUGAGACCAUCAAAGGAAACAGAGUGCUUGACAUCAUUGAUACUCGGAUCAAAGAUGAAAUCAAGAUGGACCAAGUGAUGGCUGUCGCAAAACUCGCAGGAAGGUGUCUAAGCCGGAAAGGAAGGAAACGGCCAAACAUGAGAGAGGUUUCGAUUCAGCUGGAGAGGAUCCGUUCAUCACUUGAAGAUAUAGAGGUCCUUCUCGAGAAUGAUGGUGAAGAAGAGGAACAAUCAACUCAUGGAAAUCAACAGAUUUGA